AUGUCUGCACUUCCAAUGGCACCCCCGCCGAAGGGCCCUCUGAACCGUUAUCGCCUGCUGUCACCAUCAGCAUCUCUGAGGGUCUCGCCUCUCUGUCUCGGCGCCAUGAAUUUUGGCAACGCCUGGGAGUCCUACAUGGGAGCCUGCGACCAAAAGACCACCGAGGGCAUCUUGGACUACUUCUACGAACAAGGCGGAAAUUUCAUCGAUACCGCCAACAACUACCAGUUCGGUGAAUCAGAGAUGUGGAUCGGAGAAUGGAUGAAGAAGCGUGGUAACAGAGAUGAGAUGGUCAUCGCGACCAAGUACACGACGAACUUCAUGGGCGGACCGCCUGGAGAAGGACGCAUUAUGGCAAAUUUCACCGGCAAUGGCACGAAGAGCUUGCACACCUCACUGAAGGCCAGCUUGAAGAAGCUGAACACUGAUUACAUCGACCUUCUUUACGUUCACUGGUGGGACUUCUCUGUGUCGAUCCCUGAGCUGAUGCAGAGCCUCAACAACUUGGUGGUCCAAGGCAAGGUCCUCUACCUGGGAGUUUCUGACACACCGGCCUGGGUAGUUUCCAAAGCCAACCAGUAUGCGCGGGACCAUGGUCUGAGGCAGUUCUGCGUGUACCAAGGCCGCUGGAAUGCAGAGAGCAGAGACUUCGAGCGGGAGAUCAUCCCAAUGUGCAGAGAGGAAGGGAUGGGCCUGGCUCCAUGGGGAGCUCUCGGCGGAGGAAGCUUCAAGACUGAGGAGCAGAGGAAGUCUCAGGAGGGCCGUAAGGUUCAGGCCACUGAGCAGCAGAUCAAGGUCUCGGGCGUUCUUGAAAAGAUCGCCAACCGCAAGAACACAGUCAUUACGAGUGUUGCUCUGGCAUAUGUCAUGCACAAGACCCCUUAUGUGUUCCCCAUUGUUGGCGGCCGCAAGGUUGACCACCUGAAGGGUAACGUUGAGGCCCUGAAGCUGCACCUCUCGCACGAGGACUUGAAGGAGAUCGAGGACGCUGUGCCAUUCGACCCCGGCUUCCCCAACAUCUUCCUCUAUCAGGGACAGUCUGUCGACCACCCAGGCGAGGUUUGGUUACUGGGCAUGGCCGGAAAGUUCGACUAUGUCCCUCUUCAGGAGGCCAUUACACCGGCUGAGAACUAG